AAUAAAUAAUUGAACGUGGAAAAUAAGAAAAGAAUAAAUGUGAGCCUUAAAAAGUCUAAAUAUAUAUAAAUAUUUGUUAGAUAAAUAAAUAGGAUAAUAUUUUGUUUAAUUUUCAACAACAACAAUGGCGCUUCUUUCUUCAACUCCUCCACUCCCAAUCCCAAACCGAUCAUGGACUUGUACAACAACCCCUUCUUCCCUCACCAUCUCAUUACCUUCCGCCGCUCGUUGCCGCCACCGCCGUCGUCUCGGCUCUAUCGUCGCCGUCUGUACCGAUAACCAGACCAUUCCUCCCUUCACGAUCGACCACUCCGCCGUCUCCGUCGCAGAGGCUUUCUCCGAGGACCAGCUCUGGGCCACUGCUUCUCUCCGUGUUCGAUCCUUUUAUGAUUUCAAGGCAGCCUCAUUUCGUAUCGAAGAUCACAAAAAGCACUUGGCGGAGCGUGAGUUCGAAGCACUAAAAGAACGAAUCGCUGGAAAGAGGGAGGAAUUUAAAAGAGUUUCUUGCAUAAAUGCUACUGUUCCAUUAUCACAGAUAUCAAAUCUUUCUGAAGAUUUCUGUUCAGCAUGCAAGUUUUCUCAUGACGGAGAAGAACGAGUGGUAAUAGGUUCCCUUGAUCUUAACCAAUGUAUGAGACUUCCAGAUGAAAUAGCAGGAAGAAGACCAGAGGGGAUUGGAGCCGAUUUUGCAAGGGCGUAUCUAAGCAACGUCUGUGUAGCAUCAGAACUGCAUAGAAACGGUUUAGGCUAUGCAGUUGUAGCAAAGUCUAAGUUAGUUGCUCAAGAAUGGGGUAUAUCUGAUCUGUACGUGCAUGUAGCGGUUGACAAUGAACCGGCAAAGAAGUUGUAUAUAAAGAGCGGUUUUACUCAUGAAAGCGACGAACCAGCAUGGCAAGCGAGGUUUCUAGAUCGACCCCGAAGGAUUCUUUUGUGGACUGGUAUACCUGGUGUGCAACUAUUAUGAUUAUAUUCAGAUUCAGUUAGUUUAGUUUUGUUAUCUUGGGCUAUGAUUUUACUUCAUUCAUCAAAAUGGCUUAGUUGCUUUCAUAGGGAUCAAAUUGAUAUUGAUAAAAGAAAGAAGGAAAAAAAUUAUAUCAUUUGUAUUUUUUAGAUGAGAAACAAUGCUACAUCUAAUGAAAUAAACAAAUAAAUGUCAAAAAUAGCUGUUGAUAUUAUUUAAUUAUGUUAACUUUUUAUGUGUUAAA